CCUUCUCCUUCUCCAUGGCAACUACAGAAACUGAACAACUUUCGAUUCUACUUCCAUGUGAUAAUUUGUCAGAUGAAGAAAUCCAACUGCUGUUCCCUGUUUCUGAUGCCACCACCGCCAACUCUUCCUCCAUUUGGGCCUAUAUUUAGCAACGCUGAGCGAGCGAGUGUGCUUGUGGUCGAGAGCGAGAUGGGGACAAGAGAAGCGUACGAGCAGAAGCUACGGAGUGGUGAUUUGUGCCACGAUCCUACCAUGAGCCCCGGUCUCGGAUCCCCUCGCUGUCCUCGUUGUCUGUCUCUGUUAGACCCUAAUUCUGCUGUUUGUGGUUUUGGUGGAAUGCUUAGUGCUAUGCGUGGUAUGAACACAGGGAUACCUUUCCUUCGAACUCGUUUGAAGGGACCAAAGUGGCUUCCUUUUGUAGUUGGGGUAUCAGCUGCCUCCACUCCUAUUUUAUUCAGGUGUCAGCACUGCAUUCGGAGGCUAUGCACUUCCAAAGUUUGCUCAACUCUCAUUGACAUCCUAUUACGCUGCCUCAAGUGCCUCACAUUAUGGGAUUUCUUUGCCCACUCGACAUGUUGAAGAUACUUACACUUCCCGGACUCAGAGAGAGAGGAUCAGAUAAUUUCUUGCAGGUGCACCUACUGAAGAAAUUUUUUCACUUUUUGAAUUUGUAAUGUGAUAUAUCUGUGUGUUCUGAUGCAUGAGCUUGUAGAUGUUCAGGCUCAUAGUUUGUUGCCUUUAAUAUAGUUAUAUCAUAUAUGUAGUUGUUGUCUAAUAUAAAGCUGUUGAUACUGAAAAUGAUCAUAAUGUGAAUGCUUCAUGGUUGUAUCAUCAAGACGAUUUUUGGCGCUUUUUCAAAGAUGAUUUUGGGCACCUACUUAUUAAUUGAAUGAUGUUUGAUAAUUGAUAAA